UUAACGUUAACUUUAUGUAUUAAAUGCAGGGUCUCACUUGAGGUGAAGGAUGGAGACUGGGGGGAACUCCUCCAGUGGGGAGGGCUUCCUCUCCAGAAUGGCCCUCAACGACAACAAGGCUGGAAUGGAGGGCCUUGACAGGGACAAGAUAAACAAGAUCAUCAUGAAGUCCUCCAAGGGCUCCAGGUUCUAUGAGAACGAGAUGAAAAAGGAACAGCAGGUGAACCAGCGCAUUGAGAGGAUGAUGCUGCAGAAAGCACACAUCACUGAGCAACAGCUGAGCAAAGCACAAACACAGGUGGAGAAGAUGACCUUUGACCUGGAGAGUGUUCGUGACUUGAGCCGUGUCAUUGUGCACGUGGACAUGGAUGCCUUCUACGCUGCGGUGGAGACGAGAGACUGUCCUGACCUGAAGGACAAACCCAUGGCCGUGGGCUCGAUGAGCAUGCUGGUGAGAUUCAAUACAGGACUGUUAAUUUGUCCCAAACACCAUCACGUCUCCCCCAGCCCCGUCCCCAGGAACAUCCUGCAGAAAGGGGCAGGAGGAGGAGCUGGGGCUGUCCUCAAACAGGACAGGACCCUCUGUCUCCUCUGCCAUAGGGUCGUUGGUCUGGAGACGGUGGCUACGCAGGGCCUCUGGCCAGACCCUCCUCUGCUCCAGGUGCUCACUGAUGUCCAGUCACAUCAAGCUUGUAACACAUUUGCCAUGGGUCUUUUAUUGAUCAUUCUUCUAGGCAUUGCCCCAAACAUGAUGCUGGCCAAGGUGUGUAGUGAUAAGAACAAACCCAACGGCCAGUACAGACUCCCCUCUAACCGACAGGCUGUCAUGGUAUUCAUACAGGACCUGCCAGUCCGGAAGGUAUCAGGCAUUGGGAAAGUGACAGAGAAGAUGCUGGGAGCUCUAGGUAUCACCAGCUGUAUCCAUCUUGGCCAGGAGAUGGCGCUGCUGGCCUUGCUUUUCUCUGAGACAUCCUGGCACCACUUCCUCGACAUCUCCCUGGGCUUGGGCUCCACACACAUCGAGAGGGACGGGGAGAGAAAAAGCAUGAGCACAGAGAGGACAUUUGGAGAGAUGAGUGCAUUAGAGGAGCAGUUCUCUCUGUGCAGGCAGCUGUGUCAAGACCUGGCUCAGGAGCUGCAGAAGGAGGCUCUCAAGGGCAAGACAGUGACGUUGAAGCUGAAAAAUGUCAACUUUGAGGUGAAAACCAGAGCGUGGACAUUGCCGUGUGCCGUUGCUGCGAGUGACAAGCUUUUUGCUGUCGCUAAGGACUUGCUGACGACUGAGAUCGACAACGUCAGCCCCCAGCCACUGAGACUGAGGCUCAUGGGCAUUCGAGUUUCCAGCUUUGUCAGCGCUGACGACAAGAAACCCCUGCAGAAGAGCAUUGUGGGAUUCCUCCAGCAAGGCAGGGCUGACUCCAGUAGCCCCACACAGAUCUCCUCCCACAAGCCCGUGAAAGAGCAUCAACCUAAGCCUCCAGGCCAGACCCAGCCCUUUCCCUGCCCUUCCCUGGUACAGCAGAGCCAGGGGCAGGAGGAUCACCCCUGGGUACCCAGCUGGGGAGGUGGGGAGGACUGGGGAGCAGCAGCAGUCCUUCUUCCAGAGAGCUUGCGCCCAGAGGCUGCGGCUGCAAGCUGAGAGAGAGGACCCACCAGAGGAUGGAAAGUGGAACGUCUUAGAGACCAGACUGGGCCCAGCCUCAUCAGCCACCAAGCCCAAACAGACACCCAUUCAGAAGA